UGGUCGCGACCGUGAGCGCAGCUGUGUGGAGCGCGCCGGGUCCGGGAGCCGGCGGCCUAAAGGGAUGGACGAGACGAGUCCCCUGGUGUCCCCCGAGCGGGCCCAACCCCCGGACUACACCUUCCCGUCGGGCUCCGGCAGCCACUUCCCGCAGGUGCCGGGGGGCGCCGUGCGAGUGGCGGCGGCGGCGGCGGCGGCGGCCGGCCCGGCUCCGUCCCCUCCGGGCUCGCCGGGCCACGACCGGGAGCGGCAGCCGCUGCUGGACCGGGCCCGGGGCGCGGCGGCGCAGGGCCAGGCCCAGGUGGUGGCGGCGCAGGCCCAGGCCCUGGCGGCGCAGGCGGCGGCGGCGGCGCACGCCGCGCAGGCCCACCGCGAGCGGAACGAGUUCCCCGAGGACCCCGAGUUCGAGGCGGUGGUGCGGCAGGCCGAGACGGCCAUCGAGCGCGGCAUCUUCCCCGAGCGCAUCUACCAGGGCUCCAGCGGCAGCUACUUCGUCAAGAACCCGCAGGGGAAGAUCAUUGGCGUCUUCAAGCCCAAGAAUGAAGAGCCCUAUGGGCACCUUAAUCCUAAGUGGACCAAGUGGCUGCAGAAGCUGUGCUGUCCCUGCUGCUUCGGCCGGGACUGCCUUGUUCUCAACCAGGGCUACCUCUCAGAGGCGGGGGCCAGCCUGGUGGAUCAGAAACUGGAACUCAACAUUGUCCCCCGCACAAAGGUCGUCUACCUGGCCAGUGAGACCUUCAACUAUAGUGCCAUUGAUCGAGUGAAGUCCAGAGGCAAGCGCCUUGCUUUAGAGAAAGUGCCAAAAGUUGGGCAGCGGUUCAAUCGCAUCGGACUACCACCAAAGGUCGGCUCCUUCCAGCUCUUUGUCGAAGGCUACAAGGAUGCAGACUACUGGCUUCGGCGUUUCGAGGCGGAGCCCCUCCCUGAGAACACUAACCGGCAUCUCCUGCUGCAGUUUGAGCGGUUGGUGGUGCUGGAUUACAUCAUCCGGAACACUGAUCGAGGCAAUGACAACUGGCUGAUUAAAUAUGACUAUCCCAUGGAUAGUUGUGGCUCUCGGGACACAGAUUGGGUGGUGGUGAAGGACCCCAUUAUCAAGGUCGCUGCCAUAGACAAUGGACUGGCUUUUCCCCUAAAGCACCCUGACUCUUGGAGGGCAUAUCCUUUUUACUGGGCCUGGUUGCCGCAGGCAAAAAUCCCAUUCUCCCAGGAGAUCAAAGACCUGAUUCUUCCAAAGCUAUCAGACCCUAACUUCAUCAAGGAUUUGGAGGAGGACCUAUAUGAACUCUUUAAGAAAGAUCCUGGUUUCGACAGGGGCCAGUUCCACAAGCAGAUUGCUGUCAUGCGGGGACAGAUCCUGAACCUGACGCAGGCCCUCAAGGACAACAAGAGCCCCCUGCACCUGGUGCAGAUGCCGCCCGUGAUCGUGGAGACGGCACGCUCGCACCAGCGCGCCAACUCCGAGUCCUACACGCAGAGCUUUCAGAGUCGGAAACCCUUCUUCUCGUGGUGGUAGCCCCACAGGGCCCCAGAGGCACCGACAGGGGAGGACGCCUGACAGCAGCCGGUGGCCAGCAAGGCCCAAGAGCAAAGAGCAAUGCCCUUGAGAGCCCCUGGGCUUCGGCAGGCCCCAGGGGGCACCACCUGUGGGCGGCCAGGCUUGGGCCCUUCUGAGGGUACAGGAAACUUGGGGCUCUGGUCAGUAGUCCCAGUGCUGGGGAAGGACCACCUCUCUGCCAGCAGCCCCUGGGGCGGGCUGGGGACUUUCCUCUCCUCCCUGACACCCCACUGUUGCAAUUCCUCCUUAUAUUCUGCAUCAGAAACAAAACGUGUAAAAACUAGUAGCAACCCGCAGGCAGGAUCCCAGCUCUCCCAUCAGAAGCCCCCGACCCGGACCUCGAUGUGCACAGCUGGGAAUGUUCAGGUGCCUGCCCCUCAUUCCAGUGGACCAGGGCAGCGGGCAGGGUGGGCCAGGGCCAUGCCUUUCCUUUGGGUCUUUGCCAAGUCCCUUUCCCCUUCCCUCCCACCAGUGCAAUAGGUGGACAGACGGUCCCUGCAAACAUUUUUCCUUGGGGCUGGGGGGUACUUCUGCUCUAGAGCUGACUCCCAGUAGCUCUGCUCGGAUCCUUUUGCUGACUCUGCUCUGUGCUCUGCUGGGGCUGCUCUUGUCUGGCCCCUCUCAGAGGCUGGGGCAGGCUGCUGACUGCCCAGCAGGCUAAAAGCAUCCGUGGCGGGAGUGUGUGCUGGGAGCAUCCUUGUUUGGAGGGGUGAUGGGCCCCAGACUUGCUGCCUGAGGCCUUGCCCUGGACCAAGGUGACAUGCCCGCCCACCAGCCCUCCCUCAUCUCUAGUCUCUCGGUGUUCCCAGGAGCUUUGCUGGGGCUCUGCUGGGGGUCUCAGGUCUUAUAAGAGGACAGGAUUUUAGUUCUUCCCCACUGCUGUCCGGUGGAUGCGUCCUAACGGGUGGCUUCCCUCUGUUCCCUGAUUUCUUGGUCCGGGCCAGUGUUCCAGGGCCUCUCGAGACAAGCAGGGCCCAAAGGAGAGAGGCCUUCUACCUAACUGCCCCCUGCCCCGUGCCUGCUGCUCAGUGUGCAUCUUCCUGCUUCGUGGCGUGCCCCCUCAGCCGUGCCCCUUGCCAGGUGUUUGAGCCCUUUCUACACCAAAGCGAAGAAUGGUCUCAGGCGGGUAUAGGGAGGUGCUGCCUGUGGCUUGGGGGCAGCCCUGUGUUCUGGACACUCGAGUGUCUGGAGCCGCGAUUGGUCAAUCAGCAUUGGAGAAAGACUAUCUUGAAGGUUCGAUAAACAACCAAAGAAAGGGAGCAAGGCCCAUGACUGUGUGCCCGCUGCUUGCUCGGCACCCGCCGUUCAGGAGGUGGAGGCAGUGCCGCCCUCGCCCACAGUGCAGGCCCGUUCCUCCCAUGCCAGGCCCCAGGAAUGUGUGUGCACGCACACGCGCGCACACACACACACACACACUAAGGUCUGGGGGCGGGCGACACAUUCAGACAUACGUGCUGUCUCUGGGACAGCAUACAUGCGCACACACAGUGUCUCGGGGAGCAGCUCCCACAUGCCCACCCCGUGUAGGACGGUACAGGUUGCCGCCUGGCUGGCUCAUGGUCCUUUUCAGCAGCCUGCGCUCUAGCCGUGGGGCCAGUCUCCAGGUAUACCCCGGGCAGCAGCGGGACUCCCCGAGGCCAGCCGGGGACCAUGGUGUGCUCUGCUCCAACACAGGCUGGGGGCUGCCAGGUCUGAAGAGGACCUGGUGUCUUCCGGGGCCCGGCUGACCUGUAGUGCCCUUACCCAGACCGACUCUUGUGAUGGGAGGAGUCUGGGGCCCGCUUUCCCUGGAGCCCAUCCCAGUCUCAGCAGGCACGAGUGCCGGCCUUCCAUUCCUUCCUUCCCUGGUCCAUCUCCCCUCUCCGUGAAGCCUGUACACAGGUUGCCUUGAAUGGGGGCUUUGGGAGAGCCGGGGAUCCAGAGUGCCAGGGCCAGAGUCUGGGUGGCAAGUGCCCCUAGCUGGGCCCAGCCUCUGCCAGCCAGAGUCCCUGCCCUGUGUCAGGGAGACGAGGCGGGGCUGGCUCAGCCCCUCGGUAUUGUUCUAAUGCACUGUAGAAUUGUAUCCGGAUCAAUGCAAUGUAUGAAUAACAAGCCCAAUUCUGA